CAUAUUUCUAUGCCCAGGCACUUUAGUAGUGAUGCCCAGAGGCAUCAUGUCCGCCGCGCGCUCCGCCGGCAUUCUGCUGGCGCUAUGCUUGGUAGCGGAACUGGUCAUUUGUCCGGCAGUUGUCGCGGGAGCUGGGACCGACAUUGUUAUUGGCAGCAGUGCUAAUGGCAACGGCAAUAACGGCAAUAAUGGCAAUGGCAACGGCAAUAACGGCAAUGCCAAUGGCAAGAAGUCGCCUCCUCCGCCUCCACCUCCACAACUCAGUCCUCCACCCCCAAGCCCUCCCCCGCCAAGCUCCAAGCCGCCACCUCCAAGCCCUCCUCCGCCCAGCCCUCCUCCGCCAAGUCCCAAACCACCCAGCAAAUCGCCUCCACCCCGCAAGCCCAGCCCCCCGCCUCUCAGACCUCCGUCUCCUAGACCUCCGCCUCCCAGCCGACCACCCCUUAGCCCUAAGCCGCCAAGCCCACAACCUCCAAACCCUCCGCCGCCAAGCCCCCCGCCGCCAAGCC